AUGAGCAUUGUUUCUGGUACGGUGAAAUUAUGGUAUACUAUCAAAUCCUCGGCCACAGGAACUUGUUCUACUAUCGAUACUUGUAAGUUCUUCAAUCCCUCUAAUGAUUCCCCCGAACUCAAAUACUUGGCCUUGAAAGGAACAGCAGAGAAAAGCCCCAAUAAUGCCAGUGACACGGAGGAAUACUCACUGGAAGAAAAACGGUAUAUCAAAAAAGAAACCGUGAUGUUGUCACAGGUUCCUAAAUUCAUCUUGAUAAACAUUAAUAAUUUUGCUUGGAAAAAAAAUUUUAAUGAGUUCAAAGUAUGGGGUUUCAUGGUAUUGAUUUGCUCGACAGUGAUGGUUAUUUUGACGGGAUUGACAUUGACAACUUGCAGUACCAUUUCUAACGCCAAUAAUGUGAAAUGCUUCUCACAGUUGAACUUUCAAAUUACUAAUAAUUCCCCCGCAUCACAGACCGUGAUUACCAUGCUCAAUGAUAUAGUCCAUUUGUUCACAUUUCUUGCCAAAGAAUAUAAUGAAGGUUUACAACGUGAGCAAGGGAUUUUGGAGGUUGAUGUGAGUGAACCUCAGCGCGUGGUGGUGGAACCUAAUAGUCCUUUAGUAAAUCCUAUAAUGAUCCAUCGACUCAAAUCUUCAUCAUCCCAACACCCAAAGGAAAUUAUGACAUUCUCCACGGAUAAUUUCUUUGAAUUGGGAUUCACAGGGUAUUGUCGAACAAAUAGCACAACUGAUGACGGAGGAAGAAUUUGCUUUGGUGGAAUUAUUAAUGGUAUCGAUUUGGUUGCCACUUUGCUUCGAGAUUUUGGACAGCAGUUAGCUAUCUUAACCUCUGAUAAUAGAACAAGUACAGUCAGUGAUGCUUUAGCGUUAGGAUACGAAAUUUCUUUACCGAAUUUGAGCAAGUUUCUUCAAGGUGAAGGUCCAGUCAACAUUUGUAGCAACGCGAUGUUGGUGAAGCGAAUUAGUAAGAUUUUGCCAUUCAUCGUGACGGUGGGGUUUUUACUAAAUUUUGUCAAUUGGUUUCAAAUGGGUUUACAUAUCAUUUGUCAUUUUAAUAAAAAGUUGCAGAAAAAUGUGGUUUGCUAUUUUUUGUUGUUGAAUGAUUCUUUCAUGAAGAAGACAUUAUUGUUCACGUCAUUGGUGACAUUGUUGAUCAACAUUGCCACGGUUACGGUAUUGAAAAUUUAUAUUUCUCGAAUGCAUCGUAUCUUAACGGAAGAAAUUGCUUUAGCAAAGAUUCAAUAUGGAACGGGUUUCUAUUUAUUAGUGGGUUCUCUUGUUUGUUCUACAAUUCAGUUUAUUUCAUCAUUGGUUGGUAAUCGUACAACCAAAAUAAAUUGA